AAAAUAACCUUCCAGACUCGGUCGGAGCUUGGCCCUGCCGCCGCGGCACCGAGGCGGCUCUGUGAGUCUGGGGCUCACCGCCGCCGCCACCACCGAGCCCGCGAGGCCGCGACCCCUGCCUCCGCCCUUUGAGCGCCCUUCUGGGGUAGCACCGGAGCCUAUCGGCUGCUGCGCUCAGCUGCUGCUCUCAGCGCCCAUCUGACGGGAUGCAUGCCGUGCACGCCCAAUAGUCCCGUAGUUCCUUCGGGCCGAUCUCAAUGGCGCCGUCGCCGCCCCCAAUAGUCCUGUAUCGAGGCUAAUGCCCACUCCUCCUAAACCAGGAUGCAUCUGCCUCCUGGUUGAGCUCUGCCGGGGGCUCGUCCCCCUUUCCCUGAAUUGGUGACUCGUGAGUGGAACCCCGAAGGAAAAGGUACGUGCUUCUUUCGAGCAAUUGGAUCGAUUCACAUACAACGUGAUCUACCAAGUGAAGGAGCAGGGGCAUGAUUUCACGUGAUAGGGAAAUAGGAAAAUCAAAGAAAAGAUGGCAAUGUCAUGUACUCAUGUCAUGUCUAAGGUUUGAGAAACUAACAGCAGCAGUUGGAGUGCCAGUUAUCAAAUUGGUGUGGUUCUUAGUUACAAAAAGAGUUAAUAGAGGGGCAGUGAGCUACUGAGCUUUGAUACAUUUCAUUGGAGAAGUGGUAAAGAACCAUUGCAAAAGGGAAGUAGAGAACAGAAAAGGAUUGAAAGGAGAACCAAGUAUGGAAGGUAAGCAAGGAAGUAUGUGCAGAGGCACAAGCCCCAGACUGCUGUCAGUACACUAUAAUCUCAUAACAUAUUUAGCUCCAGUUUGCACCCACCCCGUCCAUUUCAUCCUUGAGUAGUGGUCUUAAAUCAAGCAUCCAUCAUUUUUUGGCUUGAAUAAAAAGCCCUUCCACUAUCAGAGCACUAGGACGAUUAAGUCUGAUAUAACUUGGGCUUGGUUUUCUUAUACUUUGUUGAGUAUCCCAGGCAGCCCACUAAUCUUCAAAGUUUGUGUUUCAGUUUAGCUUGUUAAGCCAUCCUAGAAUCAUCCAAUUCCACAUACUUACAUUUGGAGUUUCUUCAAUGAGCUAUAUUUUGUUUAGUUGUCUAUGGCACAACAUAUUGAUUGAUACCACCAAGCCAAGGCAUCAACUCUGCACCCUAUGCUAGAUAUCUUAUCUCUGCUCCAAGUGUUCUAUUGUAGAGUUUAAUACACCGUUCAUCUUUUUCUUUGGUAUCACUGGAAUCGCUGUUGUGGCAGAGCUUCUUUGUGGUUAAGGUGGCAUAGCACCCCCCCCCCUCCUCUGUUUGUGAAGGCAAUAGCUAAUUUCGCUACUUAAAGCAAUUGCUCUAUGUAUGCUAAUCCGCUCUUGUUGGCCCCACUCAAGUCCUUGGCAAGCUCUGCCACUGUUUAUAUACAGCUCCAUUAGCCGUUUGCCCUGCCUAGAAGCAGGCUGUUUUGCCAUCCCUGGUAGAAGUGGACUUUGGAUAUUGAAUUCUACGUGCUUGGAUAGAGUAUAAUAGACCGUAGGCACAUCUAACUGAUAAUAUGUAAGGGCGUACCCAGUGCCGUAGGCUUCCCGCACUGUGCGGGGUCUGGGGAAGGGUUGUUUUUAAGCCCAAGCCUUACCCACACAAAUGUGCAGAGGCUGGGGCUCGAACCCGGGACCUUCCGGUUACAGACGGUAGGCUCUACCGCUGCACCAGGCCCGCCCUUCUAACUGAUAAUAUGUAAGAAACUACUAAUUAGAAUUGACCAAGUUCUUUAGGCUUCAGUAUAUCAGCUCUGCUAACAUGCUGUAAUUGUCAGCAAACCAUAGUUCAGGGAAACAGCAAGUUUGAUGCAUAUCUGAUUUUGGUCAACAUUGAAUGUCACUAAUGUAUACUGUGCUGUGUGCUGAUGUGCUUGCAGCCGAUGAUCUAAUCAGAAACGAUAAGGUGCAAGCAAUUAUUGGGCCUCUGACUUCAGCAGAAGCUGAAUACAUUGCUUACCUUGGGAAUCGCACACUCACUCCAAUCCUCUCACUCGCUCCAGUUUCUGCAGCAUUAGCACCAUCAUUAACACCAUUCUUUCUGCAUACUGCACCCAUUGCCUCCUCUCAGGCCAAGUUGAUUGCUGCCAUCCUUGAUAUGUUCAAAUGGCGGACAGCCAGCUUAAUCUAUGAAGACUCAACAUAUGGAGCUGGCAUUACCCCAGAGCUUGUAUACAUCCUUCAGGGUUACAACACUCGGGUUACAGAUAGUUUAGCUUUGCCCAUUGAUGCAACUGAGAGCUACCUGGACACAUUAUUAUACCACCUCAAGGAGAAUUCCACACGGGUAUUUAUUGUGCACAUGCUCCCAGACCUUGCUGCUCGUGUCUUCCACCGGGCCAGUGUUGCCAAUAUGAUGUCUGAUGGUUAUGUCUGGAUAGCCACCGCCGGUAUUGGCAGUGCAGUGGACAGCCUUGGUCCUGACAGGUUUCAUGACAUGCAAGGGGUUGUCACCUUCCGACCUUAUGUCCCGGCAACUGACCGUGUGAUGAACUUCACUGUAAGGUUCAAGGAGAGGUUCCUGCUGGAGAAUUCGGGCAUUCGAGAUGUGCCUAACCCAAGUGUGCCUCUGCUCUGGGCGUAUGAUACAGCAUGGUCUCUUGCUGCAGCAAUCAAUAAAUACAGUGUGUCCAGCUCAACACCUGGAACUGGAAGAACACUUCUAGGUGCAGUGCUCAACACAACAUUUGAUGGGUUGGCUGGGAGGUUCAGGCUUGUAAAUGGCCAAUUGCAGCUAUCAACAUAUGAGGUUGUUAACAUCAUCGGUAAAAGUGCAAGGACAGUUGGGUUCUGGACACCUGAAUCUGGGAUCUUCAAGAAUUUAAAGGCCACCAAUGAGAAAGGGAUCAAACAAAUCCUCUGGCCAGGUGAUCUAGCAAUUGCUCCAAGUGGGUGGAGCAUGUCUUCAACAGGAAGGCCGCUUCGUAUUGCAGUACCUUCAAGGCUUGGGUUCAAUCAGCUUGUGGAGGUUUCCUACAGCCUGAGAACCAACACUUCUUUCGUCACAGGUUACUGCAUCGAUGUUUUCGAUGCGCUGGUGAAGAACCUACCCUAUCCGGUGGCCUACCAAUAUGUGCCAUCUACUAUUUACAGCAGUUAUGAAGAACUUCUCAGUCUGGUGUUUGAAAAGAAAGCUGAUGUCAUGGUUGGUGACACGACGAUUUCGAUGAGCAGGAUGAAUAAGGUGGCCUUCACAAUGCCCUUCACCGACACAGGGCUGUCGAUGAUCGUUGUACUGAAGAAAGAUUCGAGCGGGAGCAUGUGGAUCUUUCUACAGCCACUGACUAGUACCCUCUGGAUCACCAGCCUUGCCUUCUUCUUCUUAACAGGUUUUGUUGUGUGGGCAAUUGAGCACCGAAUAAACCCUGAAUUCCAUGGCACACCUUGGCAACAAUUUGGCAUCAUUUUCUACUUUGCCUUCUCGACUCUUGUCUUCUCCCACAAGGAGAAGCUGGAGAGCAACCUAUCAAGAUUUGUGGUGAUCGUAUGGGUAUUCGUCGUGCUUAUCUUGACCUCAAGCUAUACAGCGAGUUUGACAUCAAUGCUGACAGUCCAGCGACUCCAGCCAACUGUGACUAGCGUGCAAGAUCUUCUAAGAAAUGGUGACCGUGUGGGGUACCAAAAUGGUUCUAUUGUCAAGUAUUGGCUGGAGGAAAUGGGCUUCCACAAGAAGGACUUGCUGGGUUAUGUCGAAGUAGAGGAGUAUGCUGAGGCCCUCCAAAGGGGAUCAGGCAACGGAGGGGUCUCUGCAAUAGUUGACGAAGUCCCCUACCUGAAGAUAUUCCUGUCAAAGUACUGUGAAGGUUACACCAUGGUUGGCCCAACCUACAAGUUGGGAGGCUUUGGAUUUGCUUUUCCAAUAGGGUCACCCAUGGCGCACGAUGUAUCACAGGCCAUCAUGACACCCGCAGUGCAGCAGGAGAUGGCGUGGAUAGAGAGGAAAUGGUUCGGUGACCCAGGAGCCUGUGAGAGCAAGAGCGGCGGCAUCAACUCGUUCAGGCUCAGCUUCAGCAACUUUGGUGGGCUGUUCCUCAUUACUGGCAUGACCUCUGGUCUUGCCCUUCUCAUAAGCCUUAGCAUCUUCGUUUACCAGGAGCGAGACAAGCUCAGGGCUGCAUUGUCUCGCACCAGGUCGAUGUCGCUGCAGAGGCUGCACACAUGGCUUGAACGCCUUGGCAGCACCGAGCACACCAAGUCAACCAUCAAUCAUCAAGAAGCAGAUAGGCGAGUAUGAGAGGGAUGGCCGCUGGUCAAAUCUGCUUCAGGAAGAUGGUUGAAUGGAUGCUGGCAACGGGGUCAACAAGUAGGGGGUGGAAGGAAAGCAACCAUACUGCACCCUUUUGUUAGAGAACUUGCUUCUUUUCUUGAUCCAAUGGCAGCUGAUACAUAGUUCUAUUUGCUGGAUGAACUUGCUUCUUUGUUGAUCUUAGUUGAUAGUAAUAUAGGAUUCUGUUGUAAGCUAGCCUUUUGUGCUUCAUUGAACAAGGUGUGCUGCUAAGUGCUAACCAAAGACAAUUAUUAGGAGGAACUGGAAUUGUGCAAUCUGCUACAUUUGUCCUAUGAUGGAAAUAUACGGCAUCUAUUCUUUGAA